CGGAACACUGGGAACAGAAGCUUGCUAUAUGGUGUGCGCGUCCCCUUCUGAUAGAUCACAUAUAUACAAACUCGACGUUGUGCCGUUCUUUCAAGUUUGAGUCGAUAAACGAGGGCUUUGUUUUGUGUGCCAGCGUCUUUGAGGGGGAAACGUUGUAGCUGACGACUGGUAAAAAGAACAUAGAAGAAAUAACGCCGAACAUGGGGCGCUGUAGUUACAAAUAUGGAACGUGUCUUUUUGUGAUCGUAUUUGUUUGGUCUUGCUUUCUAGCAAGUGCCCAGGAACAAGAAGCUUACAAAGAUUUAAACUAUCUACCAGGCGUUUACGAAAAACCUGAAGGAGAGGUAAUAGAAGAGCCGGCAGAGAAAAGGCAAUUUCUAAGUAACGGCUAUCCAGGAAAAAGACAGUUCCUCAGUGCUGGUUACGGGUUUGCUGGAAAACGUGACCCUGAGCCCCAGUUCAUCAGUGGCAAACGAGAGGCUGCCGGACAGUUUGUAUCGGGAAAGCGGGAACCACAAUAUAUCUCCGGGAAGAGAGCGGCGCAAUACAUAUCGGGGAAGCGAAACCCGCAGUACAUAUCCGGCAAACGAGACCCACAGUUCAUCAGUGGCAAGAAAGACUCCCAAUUUUACUCCGGCAAGAGGGACCCCCAGUACAUCAGCGGCUAAGCAUAACAAUUGUAAUUUACACGCAACAUGGCGAAACUUAAUUUACGAACUGUUUAAUCAAAUCUCUCAAUAUACAGACAUAUAUUAUAAUGUACAACGAAAUACGGACACCGAGUAUUGCGACGAAACGCACGGCAUAGUGCAAUGAGAUUGACAAUGAGAGAUUUAUGUUCGUAUUCAAGUUUGAUGUUAAUACUGUAACGAUUUUUAUUUACCCAUUUACCGCACCUUAUGAGAAUACACACACCCCUAGCACUGCAUAUAGAGUUGUGAGAAACCUUUGUAAUUAGUCCGGAUUUUAUAACCGAUAUAUUUACUGCAAUUCGAAUUCCGUUGUUUUCUCAGUUCAUUUCAUUGAUUUAUAUAUAUAUAUAUAUAUAUUCUUGAAAAAUGGUGGGUAUAAAAAAUCAUCAAAAACUCCAA